AUGACCACGAAGGGAGAACGAGAGCACUCAGUGGCGCACAUCGAAACGCUCGAUGACAGCACGAAUACGUCGGAUCAAGACGACCAUUUCUCCAGCAAUGACGCCAACGAGGAGAUUGUUCGUCAUUUACAGACCACGGGUGAAGAUGUGGGCUUAACAUUUCGUACAUUGAUGGCCGCCGUGUCAAUGGCCAUGUGCUACAACGCCUACCUGUUCACCCUCCUCAUUCCACCGGCGAUCCUCACGUACAUCAACGCAGAUCUUGGUCCAGACCCCAGGUACACCUGGAUCACAAUAUCCUGGAAUCUCGGCGGCGCCAUGUUCGUGACCGUUGGCGGGCGACUUUCAGACAUUUUUGGCAGGCGGUGGUUCUUCAUUGCCGGAGCCAUCAUCCUCAUCAUCGGCAGUAUUGUUUCAGCCACCGGACAAAGCAUCAACCAAAUGAUCGCUGGUGGUGCUUUGUUCGGCUGCGGUUCUGGAUUUCUGGAGAUGGCAUUUGGUGCGGUCCAGGAGAUUGUGCCGAGCAAGUAUCGACAUGUUACCAUUGGGUUAUUCGACGCUGCCUCGAUAGUAUCCCAGAUCAUGCCAUUGGUCAGCUGGGUCAUCAUCAAGCAGACGGGCAAUUGGCGUAUCUGCUAUUAUGUCAUGAUAGGUUUCCAGACCAUCAACCUUGCACUUCUCUUCUUCUUUUAUCACCCCCCGUCCUGGAAAGAAAAGAGGGCCGAACAUGGAAAGUCGGCUGGACAGCUUCUACGGGAAUUUGAUUGGUUAGGACUGUUUUUGUUCUUGGCUGGCUGUACCCUCUUCAUCGUUGGGGUCAGCUGGGGUGGAUCAAUGGCCCCUUGGGUUUCUGCGACAGUUCUUGCACCCAUCAUCAUCGGGCUGAUAACGUUGAUUGGCCUAGGGUUUUACGAAGCUUACUACACCCUUACCGCACCUUUGUUUCCGCCGCGUCUCUUCAGAGCACUACGCCAUUUCACUGUUCCGAUGCUGGUCAUGGCCAUAGGCGGAAUGCAGUAUUACUCCAACGCGACCCUAUGGCCCCGCCUUUCUCAACUCAUCUACGCCAGCGACGAAAUUUCCAAAGGCCUCUACGCUGAAGUCCUGCCUCUUGGUACCAUCAUCGGCGGGAUCAUUGUGGCUUUCAGCAAGGUCAUCGGUCACCAACGUUGGGUUAUCAUGUUUGCCGUCGCCCUGCAAACAGCGUGUGUUGGCGCCAUGUCUACCUCCACAAUGGAUAAUCCUGCCAAGUCGAUUGUUUUGACAGUCAUCAUCUCGACAUGUACCUCAGUCAACCUACUCAACGGUAUGGUUCUAGUAGGUUUUGGCAUCGUUUACCAGGAGGAUAUUGGCACUGCGGCCGGUCUUGCAGGAACUUCUCGACUUCUUGCUGGCGCGGUAGCUACCGCCAUCUUUGGAAACGUUACAAACAACAAGUAUGGAGAUGUCUUGCCUGCGCACGUUCGUGAUAAUCUUGCUCCUUUCAACCUCUCUUCGGAUAUCGUUACUAGGUUGGUCACAGCAGCGAGAGCGAACACUGCGGCUGGAUAUGCAGCUAUUCCAGGCAUAACCCCUACAAUUCGAGCUGCUGCUAGCUUAGGGAACAAGCAAGCGUAUCUAGAGGGUGCGCACUUGUCGUAUCUGGUAGCACUUGCUUUUGGACUGCUGGGUGUGGUCGCUGCUUUCUUCAUUCCGUCGGUCGAUAAGAGGAAAUACACCGAUAAGACCGUUGCGGUCCAGAGAAAAGACAGAAAGGUAUUACAGGAAAAGAAGGUCGCAGAGAUUGGAGGGCCAUGA